CUUCUCUGUUGUGGUCCACUUUUGUGACCAUUAUCGGGUUUUACUGUUGGCGUAUAUAGCAUGGACACGAUAUAAGACGAACUACCGAGCCGUCAGCAGUUUUACUUGCUUAAAAACCCCCAAUCAAUUCUCUUAAAGCUCGUCCUGCCGAAGUCAGAAUAAUGAUGGAGUAUUGGAGGCAAUGCGCGCUGUGGCUAAUUAACUGCAAGGUGCUUCCAGCUAACCACCGGGUUACAUGGGAAUGUGCACAGGUAUUUGACCUGGCUCAAACCCUCCGCGAUGGAGUCCUCCUCUGCCAUCUGCUCAACAACCUGAGACCCCAGUCCAUCAACCUAAAGGAAAUCAACCUCCGACCGCAAAUGUCACAGUUCCUGUGUCUGAAGAAUAUAAGGACUUUCCUGGCAGCAUGCAGUGACAUAUUCGGCAUGAAGAAAGGCGAGCUGUUCGAGGCCUUCGACCUUUUUGAUGUCAGGGACUUUGGAAAGGUAAUGGACACACUAUCUAAACUUUCCCACACAGCGAUUACACAACAAACUGGAAUCAGGCCCUUUCCAUCGGAAGAGAGUGUCGAAGAUGAGGAUAUCUACAACCACCUGGAGGACCUUAUAGAUGAGAAGGGGGUGGAGGAUGAGGAGGAUCUGUAUGACUGUGUGUAUGAUGAUGAAGAUGGAGGAGAGAUCUAUGAGGACCUGAUGAAGACAGAAGCCAUCCCUCCCCCGGCGUUCCAGAGGCAAGCAGAGACUGACAUCAGGAGUUGCUGUUUAACAGAAAUCAAGCAGACAGAGGAGAAAUACACUGAGACCCUGGAGUCUAUAGAGAAGCACUUUAUGACGCCCCUCACCAUGUUUUUAUCUAUGGCUGAGAUGGAAAAGCUGUUUGUGAAUAUCCCGGAACUGGUUAAAGUUCAUAAAUGUUUACUGUUGGAAAUCCAAGACUCAGUCCACCACAGAAGUGCCCAGAACCUUUACCAGAUCUUCAUCACUUUCAAAGAGAGAUUGUUGAUCUAUGGGAAAUACUGCAGCCAUGUGGAAACAGCCAUCGCCACUCUGGAUCACAUCUGCAAAGACAGAGAGGACUUACGCAUGAAGCUAGAGGAAUGUUCAAAGAGAGCCAACUAUGGCAAGUUCACGCUGAGAGAUCUGCUAGUGGUUCCUAUGCAGCGAGUGUUGAAGUAUCACCUCCUCCUGCAGGAGCUGGUAAAGCACACACAUGAUGCCACUGACAAGAGUAAUCUGCGAAUGGCUUUGGAUGCCAUGAAGGACUUGGCUCAGUAUGUUAACGAAGUCAAGAGAGACAACGAGACGUUGCGAGAAAUAGAUCAGUAUCAGAAAUCCAUCGAAAACCUGAAUCAGCCUCUGAGUAACUAUGGAAGACCAAAAGGUGACGGGGAGGUACGGGUGGCCUCGGUGGACAAACGAGCUAAACAGGACAGGCACAUCUUCCUGUUCGAUGCGGCGGUGAUUGUAUGUAAGCGGCGAGGAGACAACUAUGAGAUGAAAGAAGUGAUCGACCUGCACCUCUUCAAGAUCACCAACAACCCCACGUCGGACAAGGAGAACCGAAAGUGGUCCUACGGAUUCUACCUCACUCACAACCAGGGCCAGAGUGGCUUUGAAUUCUUCUUCAAGACCAAAGAGCUGAAAAAGAAGUGGCUGGAGCAGUUUGGCAUGGCCAUAUCCAACAUUCGUCCUGAGAAUGCCACUAACAACUUCCACGAGUUUCGUAUGCACACCUUUGAAAGGAUCACCUCCUGCAACUCUUGCCACAUGCUGCUGAGGGGCAUCUUUAACCAGGGCUACCUGUGCUCCAAGUGUGGUUUAGGUGCCCAUAAAGAAUGCCUGGCCCGGUUUGGGUCCUGUGGAAAAACAGAUCCGGGCUCUGUCAGAACUCAGGGCACGUCUAAAGAUCCAGGUCUGCCUAAGAUGCUGGUAAUCAGGAACUACCUUGGUGUGCCCAGCCCUACGUCUGGCCCCGCGCUCAGCAUCCAGAUUGGUGACAUCAUCGAAUUAAUCUGCGCCGACCUUCACAGCCCCUGGUGGCAGGGCAAAAUCCUGUCGAAGAAGGAGGUUGGCUUCUUUCCAAGCGAUGCUGUGAAGCCUUGCCCAUGUGUUCCGAAGCCCGUUGAUUACUCCUCUCAACCUUGGUUUGCAGGGCCCAUGGAGAGGCUCCAGGCGGAGGCAGAACUCAUCAACAGGGUCAACAGCACCUACCUGGUCCGCCAUCGCAGCAGAGAGUACACAGAGUACGCCAUCAGUAUAAAGUACAACAACGACGUGAAGCACAUAAAGAUCCUGACCAAGGAGGGCUGCUUCUACAUCGCAGAGAACAAGAAGUUUAGGAAUAUAUCAGAGCUGAUUGAGUAUUACAAACACCACUCCCUGAGAGAAGGUUUUAGGAGUAUGGACACCACGCUGCAGUUUCCUUACCGGGAACCAGAGAACGCUGCAAUGCACCGCCUCAACCGAUCGGGUAGCAACAUGUUUACUCCAAAAGUGAUUGGUGUGGCGAUAGCACGGUACGACUUCAGUUCACGCGACACCCGGGAGCUCUCGCUGCAGGAGGGUGACGUGGUUAAGAUCUACACAAAGUCAGGAGCCAACGGCUGGUGGAGGGGCGAGGUAAAUGGCAGGGUCGGCUGGUUCCCAUCCACAUACGUAGAGGAGGGUGAGGAGUGAAAGGUCCGACAUGGGAAGAAGAGUAAGAUGAAGAACAAAAUGGCAGCAGUGGAGCAAGCAAACUGACCACAUAACAGUAAGGAAGAGACUGAUCUUCUGCACCGCUGCUUGCUCCGGUGUUACUUUUCAGAGCCAAGCAGCCCUCGAUGGAGUCCUGUUGCCUACAAGCAUCCCAGAGGCCUUUGGGUGAGAGAAAAAGGGCCACAGUACAUCAGUUCUGGUUGACUCUGUGUGGCUAAGUGACUCCACCAACUAGCAGCUUGCCUGUCAGCAGGGCACAAGCCCUCGCCAGACACCGCCCUCCCCCUCCUCCUCCCCAACUUCAUCCAUCCAUCCAUAAUUCACCCCCUCCCUCCCUUCCUCUCUCUCUGCCGCAGCCCCCAACUCCCACCUGUUUGUGCUUGCCAAGUCGGCCGUCGCCAAUCUGUCAAAAGUAGAAACUCAAAUGCCACUCUUCCAGUCAUACGCUCAUUCAUCCUUCCAUCCAUCCAUCCAUCCAUCCGUCCAUCCAAGCAUCCAUCCUCCCUACCAACCCCCUGUGGGAGUCAUCUGAGCUGGAAAAGACCCACACUGUAAAGUUUUUCCUCCCCUUUCAUCUCCUUCUCACUCUGAAGGGAUUUUAGUCAGUUUUGACCUUGGCUGUGUGUUUGGUCCACUAAUGCAGGUGGCUAUUGAUGACUUAAUGACCCAGAUUCUCACACACACACACACACACACACACACACACACACACACACACACACACACACACACCACCCACCUCUCCACCCCUUCAGAUUAUGAUCGUGCACACACUCUUACAGGAGAUGUAAGAGAGGGAUGGUGUCGGAUAGCAUCGCUUCACAUUGCCAGCAAUUGAUUGCUGUUCUUCCUAUUUUGCUCCCACCUCCUACACUCUUUAUCUCCAGCCCAGCCUCGCAUGCUUUCAGUUGUCUUGGCCGUUAGCGAUCCUCCGAUCUUAUCGGUGGCAGCUCUGUCGACAGGAGCCAAUUUGCCGAGGGUUUACCUUAUUGGAGGCAUUAGUGGCUUGUCGGGGGAACAGGCCACCCUAUCUAGCUGCCACCUUUCCUCGUAACAUAAAAACUAAGUAAAGACAAGCAGAUGAAACACGAACGCAACCCAACUUUGUACCUAUUUUUCCCCCAAUGUUCUGUCUCACGUACUUUGCUUUUUUUCCAGAAUUGUUUCUGCAGUUUCAUCAUCUACAGAUACGAUGAUUGAAUACAUGCUUGCAAAAUUGAGCAACACUGCACUGGCAGUCUAUGCGAAGCUGGCUCUUUAGAUUUGUACUUCUGCAACAUUUUACACCAGAUUAUGCUUAAAAUGUUUUAUCAUCAUCUUCCUAAGUGUUUGUGGAGACUAAGUGUCUUCUGCUGUAACUGCUUGUUUAGAGGUUUUUGCCACUGAAGAAUACAAUUUGUGCAGAAAAACUGUUUUGGCAAGAAAAAAUGUAUUUAUGUAUGUAACACUUCAGUGCAAAAGACCUGAUGUCAACUUUUAGAACCUUUUUCCACUGCUUAUAUCUUUUUGAUAACUGCCACUCCCCACCCUUUCUGUGUUCCACCUUCAUUCCCUGUAUACAUUAUGCACACUGUUUCCACACAAGUAUACAGUCUGUGCAGAAAAACUGUUUUGAAAAAGAAAAACACCCAAUUUUAAAAAGGUAUUUACGUAUUACCACUUCAGUGCAAAAGAACUGAUGUCAACUUUUAAAAACCUUUUUCCACUGCUCACAUCUUCUUGCUAACUGCCACCCCACCCCCUCACCCUUUCUGUGUUCCACCCUCACUCCCUGUAUACAUUAUGCACACUGUCUCCUUAAUCCACAGUGAAAAAGGAUUUUCCCACAUUUGAGGGAAUAAAUACCUUUACAGCAAAACACGCUUGCGCACACACUUGUUAUGUUAACACACGGCAAUAUGUAGUCACAGACAGAAUAAGAAGGCAGUGUACACUGAUCCAAAAUAGUGAUCAACUUAUGUCUGGAGGUGAGGCCAAAAACUCCCCCAGCAGUUUUAAUGUUUUAAUUGCAGCCAGGAUGUUGAUCCCCUCUUUUAUAGAUUGUUUAUUUGCUGAAAAACAAACAACCAAAAAUUCUUCUUUGUUUAAAAUAUUAACAUAUUGACAUUUUCACUUAAUUUGUGGUUGGUGAUUUCUGUUGGCAGAAGGCAGGCAAACUCUCUGGACUUGUCAGUCACACGGCCAUCCAACUAUGAUCCAGUCAUUUCUAUGAAGAUGGUCAAAACGUUACCUUCAACUAGUCCUUUAAUUUCUUCCAUUUGAAGUUGUUCUUUGGCUAUGUUCCUCCUCACUCCUCAAAUGCAGACUUUCACACAGUUACACACACCUACGCAGUGGCAUUUUAAAAAUCAACCCUCUCUUUUUAUGUUAAGGAAAACUAUUUAUGUAACAUGCGAUGUACAUACAAUGCAAUACAAUACAUGUCACUGAAACACAUAAUGGGAUAGUUUACUAAGAGGCAGCAUUCUCUAGUUGACCAUUUAAGUGGAAACAUAGUGAAACACUCGAUCAGGCAUUUAAUUAAGUCACAUCUUUUCAGAGCUAAUAUUGGAGUUGUUGUUAAGAUGGAGAAGAGCGUGUCUACCCAGCCACAACAGCCCUCAGGGCAUUGCUUGCUUCCAUUCAAAGCUAUUAUCCUCCCCUGUCAUGUCGUCAUUGUGUCGAUGCCAUUGCGUAUUAUGUCAGAAAUAUAUUUUGUGAAUCAAAGUAAGAAUUCAUUGUAAAGAUAUCCUUUUGUAUGCACUUAAUGGAGCCAUUAUGAUCACUAAUAACCCCCUGCCAACCCUGCCACUCCAUGCCAUUAGGAUAUGUAUGACACAUUUAUUUUCUGUUCUCAGUCAGAUUGUUUAACUACAGGGCUGCACAAAUGUGACAAGAGGGUCAUAAUAAUGUUUAUGUUUUUUUUGCUUUGUGACAUCUCCCUUUUUUUUAUAAUUUUGUAUUAUCAACAGUGUCAUUAAGCGACCACUAGAUGGAAGCAUCCUAAACACAUCUCCUCUCCAAGCAGUCACCUUCAACUUGCUAAAGUUUGGAGAUGACAUCAUCUGAUUAGGCGGUGAAGAAUAUUUAAGGAAGCAAUUAGCAUCAGCCUCAGACUUGUUGUUGUGACUCAGAGGGAAAGAGGACACCUCCAAGACAAAACCAAAAGGAUCAAAAUACACUAAACUGUUUUUCUAAUGAAGUGGACAGGCAUGAUUAAUGCUGCAGGUAGAUUACAUAGCAUUCACUGCAUUCAACAUGAGAUUAUUUCUAAAAUAAGUUGGAUUGUGUCUGUGCAGCCCCUGGCUUUUAUCAGAUGUUAUCACAUUCCCUGACUUUCUUUGACUUUCCUGAUAUUCCAGGAACUUAAUUUCCAGUAAGAACCUGCAGGAUGAUAUUUCUCCUCCCCUCCUGCUUCCUAAAAGAUGUGCAGUCUCUGAAUAGUCCAACAUUAUGUUUAUAACAUCUUUAGGAAGUCUUUGGCGGCACAAAUGCGAUCCAGUGCAAGCUUCUCUCCCGUCUUGGGAGAAGUGGAGAGGCAGAGUAGGCUGCUCUAAUCGCAGACUCCGGUAAUCCACUCCCGCACUCCUCCUCCGCCCAGAUGCACUCUGACAGCGGGGCCAUUUACAACUGCAGGCCUUCUUCCCCUCCCGAGUACGCUUCCAGAUUUUUUUUUUUUUUUUUUUUUGUUGUGUGCGGGAGGGACAGGAGGAAGGCUCAAGGGUAUCUGUGAUCUAAUCAUUACACCAUCUCCUCACCUCAGCGACCCUGCUGCAUCCAUCUCUCUGUCGGCUCCCCUCUCUCUCGCUCUCUCUCACCUUGUCACUUCCCUUCUCUCUCCCUGGCUCUCUCUUUACUGCUCUCUUUCCCCAUCUAUCUUUAAUCCAAUCUCUGUCUUCUCGGUUUCUCUCUGUAUUCUCACCCGACGCUCUGUAGGCUGUAACUGCGGCUGCUGUAUGUUGGCGGGAGGAGAAUGGAAGAUUCAGUAUUAUCAGGAGAGGAGGGAGAGAGGCGGUCUGACUCUUGAUAAACAACCCUCUGCAAAAUGAGGACUAGUUUAAUUUUACCACAAAUUAAUAGGCUGAGAGAAAUUAUGCCAAUUAGAGGAUGAGUUCGCUCUCACCACUGUCAUCAUCUCACACACAAUGUGUGCACAGAUUAUGUCCAUAUAGGCACACACCAUGUGGAAAUACCUUUUGACAGGAUUCAGUACUGGGCAAGUCUUAACCCAGCAGGGGUCUUAGGAUACAAUCUCCUAACCAACACUGGAGGACAGUUCUGUAAUAACAUUUACAGAUCCGAAUAUCCGAAUGCAUUUACAGACAUAAUACCAUACAUGAAGAUAUAUAAUACUUCUUUCUUUCUGGGUUGAAAAUCCAUUUAAGUCAAUGAAUCACUGACAAAUGAGUUAUUUUGCUCACUCUUGGCUGAAGAUUGCAUCCACUGUGUUCCUGUCCCAUGUCAAUGUUUUGUUAUCCCUAUGAAGCCAAAGAUGCAUGCUGUACACUCCAAUGGUAUGUCUCAUCAUAAUCACGGUACCCGACCGCUGUGGCCUGACUCUAUAACUGUGCAAUCUAGACUGUGUAGCAUUACUGUGUAUUCUUGCUGUACCAUACUGUAAAAUAUGUACAUAGCACACAAUAAAGAUAUACAUAGCUUCUU